UUACAGUGAGUGUAAUGGCAACCGUCAUAUUGUUAGCAUACAGCGUGUUAAAAAUAUUAUAGUUACCAAUACACUAAAACCUUGCAUAAGUAUCAAAUAAUUUCCUGUACUUAAUAUACGCGUGGUAAAGUGACUAAAUAAAGUUGACAAAGGUGCAUUGUAAUGGCCGUUACACCGGGUAAACAUUUAGCGAACGUAAUUGAAAGUGUAUCAGUUAAGUGCAGAAACAAAUUAUCUGACAAAAUUUUAAUCAAAUUUUGUGAGACUUGGAGAGCUGUUUUAGCAGAGUUUAUAUCUACGUUACUUUUAGUUUUACUUGGAUGUUUAUCAUGUGUACCAAUUCAAGGACUUGCAUACCAGCCACCAUUAUAUGCGCCACUUGGAUUCGGUUUUGUAGUUCUUUUUAAUAUUCAAGCAUUUGCGCAUAUCUCAGGAGCACAUAUGAACCCGUCUGUAACAUUAGCGGCUAUACUCUGGGGAAAAAUGUCAAUAGGACUAGGCAUAGCCUAUAUGAUAGCUCAAUGCGUGGGUUCUAUCCUUGGUUAUGGAAUAUUAAUUGCUUUAUCACCGUACGAUUUGAUAACUGACGGGAUUUGCACAACACAGCAUCAUUCUGCACUCACAGUGUACCAAGCAUUAGCAGUCGAAGUAAUUCUUACAGCUGCAUUGAAUUUCCUCAAUUGUGCCUUAUGGGACCCUAAAAAUGAAAAAUCACUUGAGUCAGUUGCUUUGAAAUUCGGAUUCACGAUUGCUGGAUUAUCUAUCGCCGGAGGUCCGCUGACUGGGUGUAGCAUGAACCCAGCGAGGUCACUAGGCCCAGCUGUUUGGACGGGUGCGUGGGCUGCGCAUUGGAUCUAUUGGGUUGGACCAUUUCUCGGUGGAUCGUUGUCGGCUAUAUUUUAUAAAUAUGUAUGGUUGAAUAAUAAAGAUGAUGGCAUGUGAUCUAAUUCCUAUAAAGUAAUAAUUAUUUAAUAAGUACUAUGUGCAAAUAAAUAAUUGUGAAAUAAAGUAAUAAAAUUAGUAUCUUCAUAAUACUUUGUUUCUAUACUUUAUUAAAAUUGCAGUAAAUUACAUUGAAGUCAAUAUUGUUGUUAUUCUGUUUGUGUGCUUCAUGUAACAUAAAUUACAUUCAAAAUACCAACAAAAUAAAUUUCACCACAAACAAGUAAUUACGAAACAAAAUUCCUAGUGCGAUGCAAAUAUUAGAUACGUGGUGGAUCAAAUAUAAAUUAGUUUAAUUAUACAAGCCAAAUUAGUCUUUAUUUGUAGCACAGAAUACUAAUAUACUUCUCUGUAUUAUGUAUGUGUGAAUAUAUGACAAAUUAAUUUUUUUAUCAAAAUAUACUUUGAUUUUACAAAAUGUAAUGUAGAUGAUGACAUUAUAUUUAUCAUCGUUAGAGGCAAAUUAGUUCGAGUUACAGUUAAUUCGUAAAUGAAGUCGAAUAAAAAUUAACCUUUUUAAUUCCCUUGCGUGGAAUUAUGUUAGUACUUCGUAAAUUCUGAUAAGUUUUUAAAUUCGCCUUUGUAACAGUAGUUUAUCGAUAAUUGCUUUAAAUAUAGGUACUAUUUAAUGUCUAGCAGUGCAUAAGGAAGAAAAUACAGUUUGUUUCAAAAUAAAAAUGUAAGAAAGUAUCUCAUUUCCAUUAUUGCUAAAGUAUUCAAAUGAAGCAAUAAAUAUCAACAACCUGAAAGCGCUAGUGCCAACAUCGAUUCCCAAUAAAUUUGGAAUGUAAAGGAUAAUGCUGGAUA